UCAGGCCGUACCUAACCCAACAGACUACCCAGCUCAAUUAAUAUUAAUUGAAUAAUCGUUGCAGCCCCACGUCCAACAUGGUGGCCGCCGGAGAGCAGCUUCAGUUAAAUGAAUUAAAAUAAGAUUAAAGAUCAACCGAUGAAUCGGUCUACGUCGAAUUGAAUUGAUGCCAAGUUUUGGCUGAUGAGAUACUUGAGUUGGCCGGUGAGUGUCUCUUAAUUUAUGAUGUCAGACUGGAUUAAAUAACGUGGUUUGUACAAGUUCACAGAACACCAUGACUUCACACACCUAUCCCCAGCAGAAUCCCCGCGCAUAGCCCAAAGUGUGAAGUCAUGGUAACAGCACCAGCCCUCCCAGCCUCAGUCUACCGCCGCACUGGUCGAUGUUACUCCCCUGGGUUAGACACGCCGUAGCUUCUCUUUGUCAGUGACACAACAGCAGAGAUCCUGGAGCCUGCAGGGCUUUCUGCACUGUGAACUCAGCCAGUGUGAAUGAGUAUAUUUGUGAAAGUGUAGAUACAGGAGAGCCCAGCACUAGCAUUCCUGCAGCUGUGUCCAUGGAGACGUUAAAGAGUGAUGGAUCUCAGCCUGCCUUCAGUCGCUGGUCGUACAGACCCUCCAGUUCUGCCAGCUUCUCGUCCAACUCCACUGCAAGUGGCCUUGAAAACGACAGCGUCAGCCUCAUGCAGCAGAAGCUGGAGAAACAGAGGGCGCUGCUGGAGCAGAAGCAACGCAGGAAGAGGCAAGAACCGCUCAUGGUCCAGCCCAACACGGAGGCGUGGCCGCGGCGCUCCCGGACACGGCGCGGCGAGGAGCAGGCGCCGCUGGUGGAGUCGCAAGUCAGCGCCACACACGAUGUCAUCAUGGACGGCAUUGAUGGCCCGGCAGCCUUCAUGAGCUCAGAAGCCCCCGAUCAGGGAACGAAAGUCCAAAUCCUCUCGGUGAGCCAGUCCCCGUCUCUGUCACAAUCUGAGUCUCAGUCCCAGCUUCAGUCCCAGCUUCCGUCCCAGUCUCAGUCCCAGUCUCAGUCCCCUGCCUCAGAGGAGCCGGAGCGAGACAAAGACACCGAGAUGCUGCUCGAGCCCAAGACAGACAUCCACGAGUUACUGCAGAAACAGGGUUUGUCCUGCAGUAUGAACUUCGACGAGUCCAGCGAGCACGAGGACGACGUGGACGAGGAGCAGACGCGCUCCUUGUCUCCUCACGCGGACUCCACCCGGCCGGCGUCUGCGGCCAGCGGCAAAGACGCCUCGGAGGUCGCGACCCCAGGGUCGCCCACAGCGGACGGCGCGCUGAUCGACGUGGCCGACCUAGAGGAGUUCGUCCUGCGUCCGGCGCCGCGCGGCAACACGGUCAAGUGCCGGAUCACCCGGGACAAGAAGGGCAUGGACCGCGGCCUCUACCCCACCUACUUCAUGCACAUGGAGAGAGACGACGGCAAGAAGGUGUUUCUGUUGGCGGGCAGGAAGAGGAAGAAGAGUAAGACGUCCAACUACCUUAUUUCAGUGGACGCCACUGACCUGUCUCGAGAGGGAGAGAGCUUCAUUGGAAAACUGAGGUCAAACCUCAUGGGCACUAAGUUCACGGUGUACGACAACGGCACCAAUCCCUGCAAAACCCCCGGGACUCUGCUGGAGGAGAGCAACACGCGGCAGGAAGUGGCCGCCGUGUGCUACGAAACCAACGUACUGGGAUUCAAAGGACCCCGUAAGAUGACCGUUAUCAUCCCGGGCAUGAACAUGAACUUUGAGAGAGUUCCCGUGAGACCUCAGAGUGACCAGGAGAGUCUCCUCAGCCGGUGGCAGAGUCACUCGCUGGACAACCUGAUCGAGCUGCACAACAAAGCGCCGGUGUGGAACGACGACACGCAGUCGUACGUGCUCAACUUCCACGGCCGCGUCACGCAGGCGUCGGUCAAAAACUUUCAAAUCGUUCACGACAACGACCCCGACUACAUCGUCAUGCAGUUCGGCAGAGUGGCCGAAGACAUCUUCACCCUGGACUACAACUACCCCAUGUGUGCCCUCCAAGCCUUUGCCAUCGGCCUGUCGAGCUUUGACAGCAAGUUGGCCUGCGAGUGAACCUCCCCACGCCGGAAACUGAAGCGACACGAAUGAGACGUCACAGGAGUCGACUCUCGUGGUUCCAGUUAAUGUUUCAAUGUCACUUUUUUGCCUGUUGUUUACUGUAUAUAUAUAUAAAUGUGUGUAUAUAGAAGUGAAAAGGGAAAAACGCGAGUGAGAAAUUCACGACCCUUUUGCAGUUUUCUUUGUCGUUGCUUCUGUUGCCUUUCAGUCAGUGUUUGUGAAGCAUUUCAAACGAUUACACAAUCAGGCUUCUCCUGUGGCGCCAUCUGCUGGUCAAACUUCA